GAGGAAGAAACACAGCUCCUCAGUCGUUUCUCAGUAAAGACCAGAGGGUUUUUUUUAUCCAUCUUUCAGGUCGUAACAUGAGCGUGAAGAAGCUGCUGUCUGAGUCAGACAGAUUGAGGAUCCACCCCUUGAAGCAGCAGAAACCAGCUUCUGCUUUACGUGACUAAUAAAAUCAGCCUCCUGUCACCUGGCUGCAGCCGUGCAGAUGAGCCGGUGUGAGAGAGGGGGUGAGCGACAUAGACAAACACAGAGGGAGAGAGAGAGAGGGAGCAGCUGGAGGCGACAGAGAGAGCUUCAGUGAAGAGAGAGAGAGAGAGGAGGCAGCAGGACGGAGCAUGAAGGAGCUGCUGAGUUUCUGAGGACGAAAACACAGAAAGGUGACGAUGGGAAACGCAGACAGUCACAGCAGCUUCGUCUCUCCUGCCAAACCCUCCUGCUCGCUCAGGUUCUCCUCCAGGAGGGAGGAGGCACCGUCAGCUCGCAGCUGGUGGAGGAGCAGCCAGGGGGGCUGCAGGAGGGGGAGGAACUACCUGAACCAGCAGUCCGCCGGCCCCCCCUACACCUCCUGGCAGUAUGAACAUGCCCCCAAAGCAGCCAGAGGAGGCUCACGGCUGAGAGCCGGGUCUCCUCAGAGGUACAGCAGGAGUCCGUUUGGUUACCUGGACAGCGGCGGGGGGAGUAACGGUAUCUGUGGCGAGCGGGCGUCUCUUCAGAGUGGCGGCAGCCCCAAAGUGCUGCUCAGCAAAGACGGAAGCAUGAGGGUGGAGUUCACCAACAGCAGGGUCGUCCCCGUGGAGCCGCAGGAGUUAACUGGCCUCCCCACCAUCGCCACCACAACCACCUCGGCCACAGUCGCCGAACCUUCCCUCCGCACCAGUAAGGGCAGCUCGCUGAGCUCCGACGGCUCCUGGUACGACUCGCCAUGGGGGGGCGGCGCUGAGCUGUCCGACAGCGUGUUCGUCUGCGGGCAGAGUGUGGACAACAGCAGCGGCUACACCACCUACUCCUCCAGCCGCACAGAGGAGACCACCACCAGCAGCAGUGGCUACAACACCUUCUACUCAGCUCAGGUGGAGGACAUUUCACCUGGGUUUAGCUCCACCCUCCUCUUCCCCGCCACAGAAACCAACAAGCUCACCUCCACCGCAGGUUACAACACCUGCUCCUCCGGUCGGACGGAGGACAGCGGCAUCGGGGACUCAGUGAUCCUGCAGCCAGACCUGAGAGACUUCAGCCGGGUUUCGUCCCCCGCUGCGUCACUGGACAACGUUUACACCAGCAACAACAUGUUACCCGCCUUCCCCGCGGCGCCAGACGCCCCCCUGCAGCACAGGACCGCUUCCUCCUCCUCGGCUCUGCUGGAUGACGUCAUCCAGGAGGAGGACGGUGCAGGUGGAGGCGUGGAGCAGCGUUACUCCUCCCUCACGCUGCCCUGCCGCAGGGCCGAGCCCGUCGGCGCCGCCCCCGCCACCGGGAGCAACCGCAAAGACUUCCUGAAGAGCCGAAUCAGACGGCUGAGCGACUGGACAGGAAGUCUGAGCAGGAAGAAGAGGAGGAUCCAGGAGCCUUGUGGCAGCGACACCGGCGAGGUUUUCAUCAACAGACUGAACUCCGGGCUGGUCGCCUGCAGCUCACCGUGGUCCUCCAACCCUCUCCACCUCCUGAACCAGAACCAGUUCCCUCAGGUCCACUGUGGCUCCUCCAGAAGCCUGAGCCAGAGCAGCGACGCCCAUCGGCAGAACAUCUACGAAAACUUCAUGCAGGAGCUGGAGACGGGCUGCAGCAGUGCAGCCGACCGGACCGAGGCCUCAGAGGGGGACGGAGAGGAGGAGGAGGAGGACGAGGACGAGGAGGAGGAGGGGGUGGAUGGGGAGGUGGAGCUGGGAGGAGGGGAGCAGCUGGAUGUCUUGUUUGAGAAGGAGCAGGGUGUGGUGCGGCGGGCCGGAUGGCUCUCCUUCAAAGCCCUCAUCACCGUCAGCAAGGAUGGGAAGCUGGAGCUGGUCACCCGCCGCAAGUGGAGACACUACUGGGUGACACUGAAAGGUUGCACUCUGCUGUUUUAUGAGACGUACGGGAGGGGCGGUGCCGAGCAGGAGCUCGCUCCUCGUUACGCCCUGCUGGCCGACGACAGCAUCGUCCAGGCCGUCCCCGAACACCCGAAGAAGGAGCACGUCUUCUGUCUGAGCAACUCGUACGGAGACGUCUACCUGUUCCAGGCCACCAACCAGACGGACCUGGAGAACUGGGUGACAGCGAUCCACUCUGCCAGCGCCUCCCUGCUGGCGAAGCGUCAGGGGAAGGAGGACACGCUGCGUCUCCUGCGCUGCCAGAGCUGCUCGCUGCUGCACAAGAUCGACAUGGACGGAAAGAUGAAGAAGAUGGCGGAGCUGCAGCUGUCCGUCAUCAGGGAGCAGAAGAACAGGAAGGCCGUGGAGAGCCAGAUCAAGCAGUGGGAGCAGAACCUGGAAAAACUGAACCUGGAUCUGUUCAGGCUGAGGUGCUACCUGUCCAGUCUGCAGGGCAGCGAGCUCCCAAACCCCAAGAGCCUCCUCGCCGUCGCCAGCCGGCCCUCCAAGAGCAUGCUGGGACGCCUGGGAGUCUUCUCCGUGUCCUCCUUCCAUGCCCUGGUGUGCAGUCGCGACGAGGUGACUCUGAGGCGGCGUCGUCGGUCCCUGUCAGGAGGAACCAGGAGGAAGGGGCUGCCGUCCUCCCUGAAGGCUCUGGACGGACUGAGGAGACGCAGCCGAGCCUCCGGUCCCUCUGCGUCCCAGGUUUUCAGGAGUCAAGCUGCUGCACCGUCUGCUCACCACGCCUCCGCCGCCUCCGCCGCCGCCGCCACCGCCUCCUGCAGCCCUGAGACGCUGGACUGUGUGUUUGAACAGAGGGAGGUGGCGCCCUCUGCAGGACGUCCUGCAGCUGUACAGGUGUGUGACGCGCUGCAGGUGUGUGACGCGCUGCAGGUGCGUGACGCCCCGCAGGUGCGUGACGCCCCGCAGGUGUCGCUCCUCUGUGUUUUCUCUCUGCACAUCUGUCGACCCGACGCUGCCAGAGACUUCGGUUUUGCUGUGACGGGUCAUGUGGACGGAGCUGGGAAAAGCCACGUCUUCGUCAGCGAGGUGGACCCGCUGGGACUGUCCGCCAGAGAAGGCCUCAGGGCCGGAGACGAGGUCCUGGCCGUGAACGGGGCCACCGUAUCCGGACUGGACCUGGACCUGAUGCAGAGUCUCUUCAGCCACCAGAAUCUCCAGCUGCUGCUGAGGAGACACGAGACGCCUGAGCCCGAGGAGCCCACCGCCGUCUGGCCUGAACCCGGGGACCCUGCAGACCCCUGUCAGCACCCGGCCCCUCCAGACCUCCAGAGCUGGACCACAGCUCCAGACGCUGUCCCGCCACCUGACCAGGUGUCAGCGAGGUCGUCUGAGGACACUGAGCCGACGCCACAGAACAUGGAGCGGGUGUACUCUCUGUACCAGACCUUCCCAGAAGGCCGAGCUACAGACGCUGACGUUCCCAAGAACCCGUACAGCAGAGAGGUCGGCCUGCAGCCUGCGAGCCCCGCCCACCUGAGCGUGUGUCAGCAUCUGCGCAAAGUCAUCCAGGAACUGGUCGACACCGAGAAGUCCUACGUCAAGGACCUGGUCUGUCUGUUUGACAUCUACCUGGCUCCUCUGCAGAAGGAGACGUUCCUCAGUAAAGAGGAGAUGGAGGCGUUGUUCGGCAGUUUGCCGGAGAUGUUGGACUUCCAGAAGGUUUUUCUUCACACUCUGGAGCAGAGAAUCGCUUCCUGUCCCAACCUGAGCGGCCUGGAAACACCUGAGCAGUUCAAGAAACUCCUCAUCUCGCUGGGCGGAUCUUUUCUUUACUACGCCGACCACUUCAAGCUCUACAGCGGCUUCUGUGCAAACCACAUCAAAGUCCAGAAAGUCCUGGAGAGAGCAAAGACAGACGGAGCCUUUAAACAGUUCUUGGAGGCGAGGAACCCGACCAAUCAGCACUCGUCCUCUCUGGAGUCCUACCUGAUCAAACCUGUCCAGAGAGUCCUGAAGUAUCCGCUGCUGCUCAGAGAGCUGGUGUCCCUGACCGACCCCGAGAGCCCCGAACACACACACCUGACAGAGGCUCUGAGAGCGAUGGAGAAGGUGGCGAGUCACAUUAACGAGAUGCAGAAGAUCUACGAGGAUUACGGCUGCGUGUUCGACCAGCUGGCUGCGGAGCAGAGCGGACCCGACAAACAGGUGACAGACGUGUCCAUGGGGGAGUUUCUGGUCCAUUCGUCGGUGGUCUGGUUGAACCCUCUGCCCUGUCUGAGACGCCUGAGGAAAGAACCGGAGCUCACACUGUUCGUGUUCAAACGAGCCGUGAUCCUGGUUUAUCGAGAGAACAGCAAACUGAAGAAGAGGAUGACGGGCUCCCGCUCAGCUGAUCUGGACCCCUUCAGGUUCCGCUGGUUAAUCCCAGUCUCGGCGGUUCAGGUCAGACCGGCCAACAUCACAGGCUCAGAGAACCCGUGUGUGUGGGAGCUGGUUCACAGCAGGUCAGAGGUGGAGGGUCGACCAGAGACGGUGUUUCAGCUCUGCAGCAGUGGUUUGGAGACGAAGGCCAGCGUCCUGCGAGCUCUGCGCUCCCUCCUCAGAGACCGAGCACCCGUCGGCUCCCUGAGGAGGACCAGGCUGUCGACGGCUGAGAGGAGCGGCUCCUGGAGGAGGAGGCAACAGAGGAGUCGCGCUGACGCCCAGAGGACGACUCAUCAUCAGCCGGAGGAGAGCGGCAGACCCGACGGCAGGUUCAUCCCGGGAGAAACCUGCUCGGAGCCUCUGCUGCCCAGCCACGCUGCGUCCGACUCUGCGGGGAAGAGGACCAGACUCUGCUCCCUGACCAGCGAGCUGGAGACUCAGCUGCAAAGGCUGAACUUCACAGAGGAGGAGGCCGAACGAGGAGCCGCAUCUCCGAUCGACAAUCGGGGGACCGCCGAGAAGAGACGGAGCUCCAGUCUGCGGCGAAGCCCUGGAGGAGACCUGCUGGACCUCAGCGGCCUGCUGGAGAGAGACUUCAGUGUUCAGAGCAUGACCUCCAUGAUUAAUGAAGACUGUUUCUACGACAGCGUGGUGGGGGUGCAGAAGGCCGUGGUUCCCACACUACAGGGCUAAAGCUAAGCGCUAACACCCAGGAGACCGACGUCAUCGUGAUACUUCAGCCAGGGAGAGGGAACUCCAGGUACUCACACCUGCACAGGUAUGUCCACCCACUAUACUGAGGGAUUCAUGCACAGGUGAACACUGACACAGUACAGAAUGUUGAGUUUAUUCCCAAUGCUGGAAACUUCCAUCUCUUCAACCUCCUGAAAACCAGAAGACAAGAGCUUUGGAAAUCCUGAGGCAGCCGUUUGAUUGGCUGUGACAACACCUGCUUCAGGAAAACACACCUCCAGCUGGAUCAUGGCUUCAGACGAAUAAGUUCUCCACUCAUUCUAUUUUAAUUCCAACUUUGUAAAACAUAACAUCAGUUUCUACUCAGAGGGUUUGGAUUUUAUUCUCAAAAUCCCAGAAAUCUUUUUGCCUUAAAAAUGACAGAAACACUUAUUUUGACCUUCAUGUGACAGAGUGAACAUUCACUCUUUCAUCUACAAACCAAAGCGAGUGAACCCUGCAGAACAGACAGAACGUUCUGUUGUCUCAGACACAAACCACAAACCUCCAGAACAAUUUCAGGAACCACAGAAUCAUUUUUAACCUGAGAAAUAUACAUUUGUAUCCGGACUCGUCGUAUUUUUGAAAUCACUCCGUGGAUUUAUCAGGUUCCAAAAAGACCAAGACUCAUCCUGAGUGACAGAAACAUCUGGAGCUUGGUUCUUUUUUAACUUCAGUUCCCUCAGAUGUUCAUCCUGGGAGUGUUCUGCCUGACGGAUCUCCAAAAACAUUGAAAUUGGCGUCUUGCACAUUUGACGGAGGAGAAGAGGAAACCAGACGAAGGCUGGACUCUGAUUCGACCCUCAUCUGCCUGAACCCGUUCUUUUUUUUAGCUUCAUCUGUUUCACAGUUUGUGUUGUAAAUAUUUAGUCUGUACAUUUUCUUUCUUUCUGUCGUAGUUUUCUGUGAAACAGAUUUUUUUUUAUCUUGAUGAAAGCAGUUUGCAGUGAGUGUGGAGCUGCUGGAUCGAAGCCUCUGUACAUCUGAAUAUUGUAUUUAUGUGUUUUGUCACGUUUGUUUUGUGUAUUUCAGUUUCGUGACUGAACCAGAAAGACGACAGUUUGCAUUUAAAUGAACUUUUCAAGUUAUUUUUCAACACGUGGUAAUUUAUUUUCUUAAAUAUUUGUGUACAUCUUUUUAUUUGAUGCUGUAAAAGUCCAAUAAAUGGAAAAGUAUUUAAUUGAUAA